UUUUGUUUUGUCUUAAAUUGUUCUUAAUCUUCGAACAAAAUGUCAGACAUUGAAAAAGCGAAUGAUAUUAAGGCCGAUAGACUUUCUAGAUUACGAAAUCUACAUCUAAAAAUGAAUGAAGCUAGAAAGAUGAAUAACCAAGAAGUCAUGGAAGAGGAUCGCAAGUCGAAACUACCUGCAAACUGGGAGGCCAAACAAUCAAGGGUCGAAUACGAAGAAGAGCAGGAGAAACUCAAGAAGGAACUGGAGGCACGUGGUGAGGAUUACAACAUUGUGAAGAUGAGGAACUGGACGGCUGAAGAGGUUGAACACUGGGAGAGGAAGAAGAAGAAGAAAAAUCCGGAUACAGGAUUUGCUGAUUUUGAGCAAGCUUCGUAUCGACAGUAUCAAAGGUUGACGAAGCAGAUGAAGCCUAAUUUGAAAGAAUACACUGAGGAGAAAGAAAAACUUGGCGAGGAGGUCUUUUACGCAGGCACAAACACCUUGGGGACAACAGAACACAAGGACACUCCCGAAGCCAUCAGUCGGAUGGUUGAAGAUCUAGACAAACAGAUUGCAAAGCGCGCCAAAUACAGCAGACGACGCAUACACGAUGAGGACGACGACAUCGACUACAUCAACGAACGUAACAUGAAGUUCAACAAAAAGUUGGAACGCUUCUACGGACAGUACACUGCAGAGAUCAAACAAAACCUUGAGAGAGGAACUGCCAUUUAAUUGUGAAUGUCUCUUCCAAAAUGACUAUUUUAAAGCGUGUCUGUUGAAUUUCAAUUGAUUGUAUGCUAAUUUUUGAACGUUAUUUAUGUAUAUUUCAUCAAUAUUCAAUUUUUUUUUGUAUUAUAUUCAACAAAAAACUUAAUAAACAAA